AUGUUUAUUUCUGAAACACUCACUAUUAACUAAUCUCCUCAACAUUAGCUUCAAACCAUUGAAUAAUCACAAUAGCGCAUCCAGCCAUUCGAGAACAUUUAAUUUGGCUAGAUGUCGAAAUCAACAAAAAUUAUCCCAGAGCUCAAAAUGAGAAAAGUCUAUCUGAUGAAGGUUUGGUAUAAUAGAGUAAUUUAGGAUAAACUGAGGAAGAAGUAUGUUUGGCUGGAAAUGAAGAUAAAUCAAUACAAAGAAAAAGAUUCAAUUUUGCAAGAUGAGAUGAAGUUCUGCAGGAUUUGUCUAUGCGAUGAUGGCAACUCUGAUCUUAUAAGACCUUGUAAAUGCAAAGGAUCUCUAUAAUUUAUUCAUGAGAAUUGUCUGAAAUUAUGGGUCUUAGAAAAGCAAGGGAUAGAGAAGGUCUAUCAAAAUGAUUUAGAUUGCGAAGUAUGUCAUUCGAAGUUUUUAAUGGAGACUAAAUUCUCUAAUUAAAGGUAACUGAGAAUGUUAAGAAGUGCACCAAGAGCUAGAAUAUGUUGCUGGACAAUUGAAAUAAUCAUGUCUCUAGGGAUGCUUGGAACCAUUAUUGCCUUGAUCUAUUAGAUUGUUGUAAGAUUCAAAUAUUAUAAAAUAUAGAACGGAAAAAUAGAACCUCUGAUAUUGGCAGGCACAACUAUAUUUGUUAUUUUAUUGAUUCUGAUUCUCUCCUUGAUUUAUGUAAGCUGCGUGGAUUAGAUUUCAAUUGAAGUUCUCGACCCUUGGAGAUUCAUUGAUGUACAAAUGGAGAGUGAUUCUAAAUCUAUUUCGAUACUUGAAUUAGACAACUCAAACAAGUAGACUAUUUAGAUUAUUAACAAAAGUGAUUAAAGAAAUAAUGUGCGCUUUUCCACUAUAAAUAUAAUUUAGAUACAGAAUUGA